AAUUUUAUAUAAAUUUUGGCUUUCAUAUUGAGUAAUUAUCCUUUGAAAAUUUUAAAAAAAAAUUUUCGUUACCUUUGACCUCGCCACUACGGUGUCCACAGAGGAACAAACUGUACAGAGGUUCAAGUCGAAUCUCUCCUUUACUUCCUACAUUAGUGCUUUACAUGAAGUUACAGCUGCUACACGCUAUUAAGUGCACUAUAUAUUUCAUUAUUAAACAUCAUAUAAAACACCAUGGCUGCACUGCCUGGCUCAUCAGCUAAGUAUGUUUUGGGCAUUGAUUUGGGAACCACGUCGAUCAAAGUUGUGUUGUUUGACACCAGAUCAAAGACUGUGACAGACAGCUGCAGUUUACAGACCAACUCUGACGUCAUCGACGACACGCAUGAACACAUCAAGGAGCAGGACCCUGUGCGGAUCAUUGCUACUCUUGACCAGUGCAUGUGUGCCCUCCCUAAGGAAAAGCUGCAUGACGUCAUAUGCAUUGGGGUGUCAGGACAGAUGCAUGGUGUUUUGUUCUGGAAAUCUAACACAGGUUGUGAAUGGUACAGUAGUCAUGGAGGUCACAAAUUCAGACCUCGGGAUACCAGUCGUCUGAUCACAUGGCAGGAUGCACGCUGCACUAGAGAUUUCCUGUCAACGCUACCCAAACCUGAGUCACACCUGAAUGUGGCUACUGGCUUUGGCUGCGCCUCCAUCUUCUGGUACACCAAGCACAGCCCUGAAUUUCUUUCAAAGUUCAGUGUCUCAGGAACCAUCCAGGACUAUGUGGUGUCCAUGCUGUGUGGUUUGGAGGUUUGCCUCAUGAGUGCGCAGAAUGCUGCUAGCUGGGGUUACUUCAACACCACCAACAACCAGUGGAAUACAGAGAUUCUGAAUGCUGCAGGAUUCCCGGUGCACUUGUUGCCCGUGCUGGUGGAUUCUGGGUCUAUAGCUGGUGAGACCUGCUCUGAUUGGCACGGGAUUCCUGCUAACACACCUGUAGGAGCAGCUCUGGGAGACUUCCAGUGCAGCGUUUACUCCUGUAUGACGGAUAAGACAGACGCAGUAUUAAACAUGAGCACUUCGGCACAGUUGACAUUCUCCAUGCCUGCUGAUUUCACCCCUGCGAGUGUUCCAGACGCCCUCUCUCCCAUCGCUUACUUCCCUUAUUUCCACAACACGUACCUAGCCGUGGCCGCCGCACUCAAUGGAGGCAACGUUCUGGCAACGUUUGUAGGAAUGUUGACUUCUUGGAUGAAGGAAUUUGGAGUGGAGGUCACUGACUCUGAAGUGUACUCCAAGCUGAUCGAGUGUGCCCUUACCCAACCCAGCACUGACCUCCGUGUGACCCCGACCCUGCUAGGAGAACGGCACGACCCCAGCAGCCACGCUGUCGUGUCCCACAUCUCCCCAACCAACCUCUCACUGGCUCACGUGACUCGUGCCAUUUGUGCAGGGAUCGUUGCAAACCUAGCCGCCAUGAUGCCCCAUCACGUGCUGUUGGCUGCAGGAGUGAAACGGAUUAUGGGUAGCGGGAGCGCUCUGUCUCGGAACGAAGCCUUGAGACAGGAAGUAGAGCGAGCAUUCCCUUUCCCUGUGGUCUAUGGGAAAGACGUGGACUCAGCAGUCGGAGUGGCAAUGGUUUUUAAUGACAUGCUGUUAGGACACGACUGACUUUAGAGUUAGCCACACUACUUAGCGUGCACUAUAGACACUCUGCGCCUUUAAAGAUAUUAUUAUGUGCAAUUUACAGCCUUGUUGGCUGCUGAUGCAUUUCUUAAAUUAAAAAAAGAUAAUUCUAUGUGACCUUAAAAUACAUACAAAAUACAGUUAGUACAUUCCUUAUAUUAUGGAUCCACAAUAAAAUCCCUGAUGCUCAUGUCAGUCCAUUUGGGUUGCAUUAAUACAUCGAGUAUUAAUUUAAUGGAGGGGAUUUUACAGAUUUGUACAUCUACUAGAUGUUAUUGAAGUUUUGGAACUGUAAUUAUUACAGUGCUAAGUUAUUAUUGAUUUAUUAUUAAUUUUUGUUAAUUUAUUACAAUUUUUUUUAGGUCAGAUCCCUAAUGGCAUUGUUUGUGCUUGUAGAGCAGAUCAUAUUGCUAUUUCUUUGUUUCUUUUCUUAUUUUUUCUGUAACACAUAUAGAGGACAUAUUUUGUAAUUGUACUGUAACAUUAAUAAUUUGUAAAUUAAGUUUUCAAGCUGAAAGAAAACAAAAUGUCUUGUAUAUGUCUUGCAAAUGUCUUGUACUUGUGUUUCAUGAAAAAAAGGGCCAAAUCAAUCCUAAAUGAGCCUGAGAUGGACCUGGUAGUCACACAUUCUCUCUCUCUCUCUCUCUCUCUCUCUCUCUCUCUCGCUCUCUCAUAUUACUGUAAUCGUUUAAGGUUGUUUAAUACAGCUGAACAAUGAAAUAAAUGUGAUCAUUACCUAAAUGU